AUGAAUCUGAGAUCUCGUCUACAGCGUUCCCAUUCAUGGAGGAAAAAGGAUUUUCACAAAGCUAAAGUUUGCUUCGCUGACAAUUUGGAAACGGUACACGAGGUACCAUACAACUACGACAUGUACAACAAAACGAACGGUCGCCUUAAACUACCCGACAUUGAUGUCCACAAAUACACGCCGCUAAUUUGUAGAGAUCCUUAUGCGAAGCCUUCCAAAAGGAAACACGAAAAAUUCGCGGACAUGUUUGUAAGCGAUACUAUGAAACUUCCACUGAUAAAGUUGAAAAAAACAGACCACGAUUUUGAUAAAAUUUAUCCAAAGACUAAGGAAGCCACGGAGAUAUCAAACGAGCCAUCAUUCCCGAAGGCAAAUAGCAAGACUUCAGAAAAAUUUCAAGCAGCUAAUACACUGCAUUUCAGAUAUAGCGACUUCAUGCUGAGAAAAAUGGAUAGAAGUGCAUCUUCCAAAGAUAGAAUGUGCUUUGUAAAUUAA